UUUCUAGCGUGGCUGUGUGGAGUGCAGAGGAGCCGACGCAGAAAGUGGCGCGUCAGACUGCGCAGCCGCAGCAGAACAGGCGCAGACAGACUCAGCAGCAGCAGACAUGGCAGACGAAAAACCCAAGGAGGGAGUGAAGACGGAAAAUAAUGAGCACAUCAACCUGAAGGUGGCAGGGCAGGAUGGCUCAGUGGUGCAGUUCAAGAUUAAAAGGCACACUCCUCUCAGCAAACUGAUGAAAGCUUAUUGUGAACGGCAGGGGCUGACAAUGAGGCAAAUACGGUUUCGAUUUGACGGUCAGCCCAUCAAUGAAACAGACACACCCUCACAGCUGGAAAUGGAGGACGAAGAUACGAUUGAUGUGUUUCAACAGCAAACUGGAGGCUCUUUUCUUUAAAGACUGUUUCCCUACGAACAUCCCUACCUCCCCUUUUCCUCCCUGAACAUCUCUUGUGUCCACUCUUCAAAUGCUCAUCACCAGUGUUCAUACCAUCCAGUGGAAUACUUUUACAGAAUGCUCAAAUGCAGCAGUACAGUUGGUGUAGAUAGAUAUAAUCACACUGUCUUUUGUAUGUUAAUGUGUCUGAGCUGUGCUGUGUAGACAGCAUGUAAGCUUCAGUGACUGAUGUGUAGAAGAAAUUAAAAGCUUAUCUUGAUUUUUUUCUUUUUCCCAGAAGCUUUGGAGAAAACUCCUUGGUCCAUGUAUUUGUUUUUAUACUGAUGUCAACAAAGUUUUGAUUUAGGUGGAGUUUUGUUGUUGUUGUCUAGUAAGCCUGCAUUUUAAAUUCACAUCAGUUGUUAUGAAAUGUACCAUUGGAAUAAAUUGAGUCUUUUUUUAA